AUGACAGACAAGAAUUCCGACGAAAAUGCAAGAGACGCAGCAUUGCGCCUUUGUUUAGAAGAAGAAGAACGUCGUAAGAUUGAUCCACAUGAAACACGCGAACGUUCCAUCAUCGUUGUCGGUUCAAAGAGGGUUGGUAAAACGACGAUGACAUAUCGAUUUCUUGAGAAAGAAGAAACACCGAAGCCAACCAUCGCGAUCGAUUAUUCUUUCGGCCGUAAAGCCGGGAAGAGUUUAGUAAAAAAUAUCGUACACGUUUGGGAAGUGGGUAAUUUAACGUCCUCGUUAGUAUCCGCCGCCAUGGCAGGUUCAUCUUUGACUCAUUCGGUCCAUCAUCUCACGAUAUUGAUGAUGCUGGAUUUAUCGCAGCCGGAAAUUCUAUGGUCCUCGUUCGAAGAAACCCUUACGGUUAUUCGAAACGCGAUGAAGAUGAGUUACGAUGAUAAAAUGAUUCAGGAACUUAAACACCGUCGAAUCAAGGAACGAAAGAGCACGCUGGAAAAGGAAGUCGAUCUAUUUCCGAUAAAACUUUGCAUUGUAGGAGGGAAAUACGAUCAGUUUAAGGAUCUAGAUCUGGAUAAAAAGAAAUUAAUCGGAAAAACUUUAAGAGCUAUCGCUCAUAUCUUGGGAGCAGGUCUCUUUUAUCAUUCAUCGAAAGAUAAAACUUUAGUGCGGAGAACCAAAGACGUACUAUCUCAUUGGGGAUUUGGCACUUCACUUUCUUGCGCGAAAUGCACAGAUUUCGAGAAGCCAUUAGCGGUGCCAGCCGGCACAGAUUCAUUCUCCUCGAUCGAUUUGCAAUUUCCUCAGGCGAGACCUGCGGCCAUUUUAGAUACCAUCAAACAGAUUUAUAUUACUCGUAUCCCACAAGUGUCUAGAAGCAACGAUAUUACCUUGGAGGAUCCAAGCAACGAUCCUAACUUUAAUGAGCCAAUCAUCGACAGAUUACGAGAUCAGCGAGAAGAGGAAAUUGGUAUUCUUCUGCACGAUAUGUUGGAAGGACGGACGCUUCAAAUUCCCAUUCCGGAUCCCUCAUAG